AUGACUUCACAGUCUAUUAGCGACAAACCUAAAAAGCAUUUGCUCGGUCAUCAAAAGAUUGUGAACCAUGUGUCUUUCUCACGUAAUGGCUGGUGGAUUGCAAGUGCGUCGUUUGACAAUUCUGUCAAGAUAUGGGAUGGUAUCACAGGGGAAUUUAUUACAACUUUGCGAGGCCAUGUUGGAGAUUGGCUAAAUAGUAGCGCUUUGCAAACCGCAGUUGGUCACCGGACAGUAGGAUGCUUUGGUAGUAAAGAUUCUGCUCUUAAUGUAAAUCUUGUUUGGUCUUAA